AUGGUUAGCACGGCCCGGCCGACCGCAAUGCGUCUCUAAGUAUUCAGGCGAGCGAGCGAGGAGGGUUUUAGUCUCUCUCUCUCAUAGGGGUUUUACUUACAGCAGCAGGAACAGCGGAAGGCUGAACAUCGCCCCUUAAACUCAGAUCUCUCCUUCUGCAGAAGCUGUUUACCAAUUGAUUGGAUCAAAACCAUCAUGAGUUUAUACCGGAUUAUCCUUAGAUCUCUCAGACGAUCAUCUCCUCUCUCUCUCUUCACCACUAACCAUCUUCUUCCUGUUAUCAGCACCUCCACCACCUCCACCACCGCCGCCGAUCAUCACCACAUCCUCCUCCAGUAUCCCAACCAUAGCCUCCUCUCUGUUCGCUCAUUCGCCUACUCCUCAGCGGAGGAGGCUGCUGCUGAGCGUCGCCGCCGGAAGCGCCGCCUCCGUAUUGAACCCCCACUCCACGCCCUCCGCCGAGACCCUAACGCACCACGCCCGCGUCCCGACCCUAAUGCUCCCCGCCUUCCAGACUCCACUUCGGCGCUUGUUGGCCCUCGCCUUAAUCUCCACAACCGAGUCCAAUCACUCAUCCGCUCUGGCGACCUCGACGGCGCCUCUGCCACAGCCCGCCAUGCGGUAUUCUCUAAUACUCGCCCCACCGUCUUCACCUGCAAUGCUGUCAUAGCUGCCAUGUACCGCGCCAAGCGCUUUGACGAUGCGGUUGCACUCUUUACCUUCUUCUUCAGACAGUCCAACAUAGUCCCCAAUAUCGUCUCCUACAACUUCCUCAUUAACACUCACUGUGAUUCCGGCCGCGUCGACGUUGGCCUUGAAAUCUAUCAACACAUCCUCGCCAACGCCCCCUUCAGUCCAUCGCCUGUCACCUAUCGUCAUCUAACCAAGGGUCUUAUCGACGCUGGCCGAAUUACUGAUGCUGUGGACCUCCUUCGAGAGAUGCUCAAUAAGGGCCAUGGUGCCGACUCCUUGGUCUAUAAUAACAUCAUCGGUGGGUUCCUCAAUCUCGGUAAUGAAGAGAGGGCUCUCGAGUUCUUUGACGAGCUUCGUGAACGAUGCCUCGUCUAUGAUGGUCUUGUACAUUCUACAAUCAUGGAUUGGUACUUCAAGCAGGGUAGGGAGAAGGAUGCAAUGGAUUCUUAUCGAUCUCUUCUUGAUCGCCAGUUCAAGAUGACACCUGCAACCUGCAAUGGCCUUAUGGAGGUCCUGCUAAAGCACGGGAAGAGGGCGGAGGCAUUGGCCCUAUUCAACCAAAUGCUAGACUCCCACACACCGCCUAAUUUCCAGGCCGUGAACACUGAUUCGUUUAACAUCAUGGUGAAUGAGUGCUUCCGGUUGGGGAACUUCUCGGAGGCUAUUGAGAUGUUUAAGAAGACGGGCACCAAACAGGGGUCAAAACCUUAUCAAAUGGAUGCUGCAGGAUUCAAUAACAUCAUUAGCAGGUUCUGUGAGCAUGGGAUGCUUUCGGAGGCAGAGAAGAUGUUUGGAGAAAUGCCUACAAAGUCGGUGAACCCGGAUGUUAAUACUUUCAAGAUUUUGAUUGAUGCUUAUUUAAAAGAAGGAAGGAUGGAAGAUGUAUUACAAAUCUCCAGUAAGAUGGUGGUUGAAGCUGGUUUGAGAUUAGACCCUAAUUUCUGUAACAAGGUUUUGAAUGAGUUGAUUAAGAAUGGUAAGGCAGUGGAAGCUGCAGAGAUUUUGGGGAAAAUGGGGGAGAGGGAUGUGAAGCCUGCCCCAACGAGUUACGAGAUUGUCAUUACGGCAUUGUGCAGUGAACUUAGACUAGAUCCAUGUCUGAAUUUGCUGGGUCAGAUGGUGAGGAAUAACAUCAUUGUUUCUUCUACUCUUCGCAAUUUUGUAUUUGAAGCAUUUGGAAAAGAAGGGCGGAAUGAUGAGAUUGAGAGACUAUUUAACGUGAGGAGGGAGGGAAGUUAUGCAGGUGUUCCACCUUAUGAAUCCCCUCAAAUGGCAGGGCAAGUAGCUGCUGGAUCUAGAGUCUGAUGCAAUCAAAUUUUCUGGUUUCUUCUCUCCUGCUUAGUUUUGUUUAGAGCAAGAAGAAGUCUAAUUUAUUUUCAUAUACUGAAUACGUUUUUUCAGCACUUAGUCCAAGAUUGUUAAAGUGACCCUAAGAAAGGUAUAAUCAUGAGAAGUAUUUCUGCUAGAGUCAUCAAUUUACAUGUAACUGUUAACUAGCUAAUGAGUUAUUAUUAUUACUUUUGAUUGGUAUAGCUGGUGGGUUAUUAUUGGGACCUGGAAACAUCCAUAUUUGUCAAAGAUGUUCUGUUUAGUAAGCAAUUAAUUCUUGUCA